UGAAGACUAGACCAUAUUUUAAGAUGACUGUACAUAAAAGGAGUUAAUACUGUUUUUGCCCUCUCCUGUAAGCUUACCACUUUGGAGAUAUCUCAAUGAUAUCUGAGAUACUUUAACUAUUAGUCACUAAAAGUUAGGCUACAUAUCACAUUCAAGUCUGUUUAUAACUGCUAUAGUGCCAACUUGCUUGACCAAUGUUGCAUAUUUAUGAUCGCUGGCAAGUCAGCAAGGUUGUGAUUAUUUGAAAAUAAUUGCCUUCAGGGCGGGGCCGCAUCACGCCACCCUGUCGUGGAUUAGUAUCCAAUAAUCAUACACAGUCCUGCUUCAGCCCUUACUUGAUUUCAUUACGUUGAGGAAACAGUGACCCCUGAAAAGCUAAUAGCAACAUGGAUGAAGUCCUUAUUCCAAAAUAAGCACCAUGUAUUUUGGAAGAUUUACAUUUUAAUCGUGAAAUAUUACUAUUUGGUCUGAAUUUUUUAGCCUUACAUGGAUGUUUGGGUCCAAAGUUCAGUGACUGCAGAAAGCAUGGUACAUGUAAAUGUCUACACAUCAGUUAGGUCAUAACAGGAAGCCCGUAACUGUGAUCGAUCGAGCCAUGCAUGUGACCUCAGAGAGCAGAGCAGUGGUUGUUAUGGUUAAUGUGUGACUGACAGGUGGACCUGAGAGCGACAAGUGAUUGGAUGACAAGCCACUAGGGUUAGCCUAUGGUCCUGAACUUGACAUUUUACAAUACCGUAGUACACAUUUCUUGCUGCCUCUCAACACAUCUAAAGCUCUUUUGGGUUACUCACUAAGUCCUGGUUCCCCUCAAGAAAUCUAAGCUGACCGAUUCGUAAGUGUAAGCAUGUCUCGGAUGGAGAGUGCCGUCAACUUCCAGGAGAUGAUCAGGCAGAAACGGGAUGGUGGUCAGCUCAGCUCAGAAGAGAUCUGUGCUUUCAUACAAGGAGUCAAGUCGGCCAACAUACAGGAAUGUCAAAUAGGUGCCAUGCUCAUGGCCAUCUGGCAGAAAGGUAUGGUGGACGAGGAAACUAUGGCAUUAACAAAGGAAAUGAUGAUAUCAGGGGAUGUUUUCCACUGGCCUGAGGAGUGGGCAGAGCUUGUGGUGGACAAACAUUCUACUGGUGGAGUUGGAGACAAGAUCAGCCUGCCAUUAACUCCUGCUUUGGCUGCCUGUGGGUGCAAAGUCCCCAUGAUAAGUGGACAUGGACUGGCACACACUGGAGGGACACUGGACAAGCUGGAGUCCAUCCCUGGGUUUAACAUCCACCAGUCUGUAGAGCAGGUGAGGCAGAUUCUGCAGGAUGUGGGCUGUUGCAUUGUGGGUCAGACGGAGACUCUGGUGCCUGCGGACAGAGUUCUGUAUGCUCUCAGGGACGCCACAGCUACUGUGGACAGUAUCCCCCUGAUCACAGGCUCGAUCAUCUCAAAGAAGGGCGCUGAGAGUCUGCAUGCACUUUUGUUAGAUGUGAAGUUUGGUAAAGCUGCUCUGUAUAAAGACCUGGACAGUGCUCGGACCCUCGCCCAGUCACUGGUUAACGUGGGAAACAGCUUGGGUAUGAGGUCAGGUGCGGUGCUUAGCCGAAUGGACGCUCCCAUUGGCCGUUGUGUGGGGAAUACUUUGGAGGUAUAUGAAGCCUUGGAAUGCCUCAAAGGACGGGGCCCUGAUGACCUGAAAGAGCUGGUCACGUUUUUAGGUGGCUGUUUGCUGUGGAUGAGCCAUCGAUCACCUAGUCUAGAGAGUGGACAGAGGAUGAUCGCUGAGGUCCUGACAAACGGCGCAGCCCUGCGCAAGUUCCAGGCCAUGAUGGAGGCCCAAGGGGUCUCCACACAGGUUGCCCACUCCCUCUGCUCACAAACGACUGAUUACUUCGAACACCUAAGACGGGCAAAGUAUCAGACAGAGCUUCAGGCUUCAGAGGAUGGGACGGUUCUGGACAUAGAUGGCAUGGUCAUAGCCACUGUGCUGCAUAAAUUAGGAGCUGGACGCACCAAGGCUGGGCAGUCAAUCAACCACAGUGUGGGAGUGGAGCUUCUAGUAGACUUGGGACAGCAGAUACAGAGAGGUCAGUCCUGGAUCAGGAUCCAUCAUGAUUGUCCAGUACUGAGCCCAGAGCAGCGCUCUGACCUUCAGGGAAGUUUGCUUGUCGGUGGCAGAGACACUUACCAACCCAGACCCCGAGUGGCAGAGUUCAUUCAACCGCCUGACAUCAGACCCACCCAACACGGCCUCUCUUAAGCUGACGGAAGCACAUAAGAAUGACCGUCAGCUUUCUGUGUUUUACUGAUCAUUUAAAGGUGCCUGUACAGAACAGAAUACAGUACUUUGUAUGAAAUGACCAUAAAUACUACACCAAGUAAAUGCUGAUGAGUGAAAAUGGAGAACAAUGAAAGCGGUACCCUCUUAAAAAAGAUGUUCUUCAAGGGUUCUUUAGUGAAGGGAAUGGUUCUAUUUAGAACCAUUUAUGCUUAAAAGGUUCUUUGCAUGGUGAAAUGGUUCUUCAGAUUGAUGGAGAAGUUGCACAUGGUUCUGUGUAGCACCAAAAAGGGUUCUUCUGUUGUUAUGAUGUGAAUUGUAACAAUAGAAGAUCCCCUUUUGGUGCAAUAUAGAACUAUUUUCAUAAAUGUAGACAAGACAGUCUUCACCUAUCUGAAGAGCCAUUUUACCAUGCAAAGAACCUUUUAAGCAUGAAAUGGUUCUAUCUAGAACUCAUGGUUACACAUCCUUCUGGGUCGUGGAGGGAGCUAGAGGCUAUCUCAGCAGUUAUCAGGCGGAAGGCAGGAAACACCCUGGACAGGUCGCCAGUCCAUCGCAGGGCAACUCAGGGUUAUAAAUAGAAACAUUCCCUUUACUAAAGAACCCUUAAAGAACCAUCUUUUUAGAGAGAUUCUUUUUUGUAGAGACAAAAGUAAAAAAAACAAUAAACACAAAACAUGUAUACUUUGAACUUUUACUGGCGAGGAAAUCAAAGAAGAAUUCCACUAAUUUUUCAAAGUUUUCACAUAAUUUAGUUGAGAUGUGAACAAAGUCAUUUCAGGGAGGUUUGAUCUGAAAUGCAUCAUUCUAGAGAAACUUGCCAACUCUGAUUUUCCUUUCAGUGGUGAUGAUAGGAACCAGGAGUUGAACCAGGUAAUAAAGUGAUGUCUACAAUGCAAUUAUAGCCAUUUUAAUCACUAUCAAAAGAUGAUGAUAGUGAAAUACGGGUAAAUCUUUAUUAAGGGGUGAAAUAGGGGUAAAUCAUUAUUCCUGGGGACUAUUUUGCCUUGCAUGUAUCUAUUCACCAUGAUUUAAAAAUAUGUUUUACUCUAAAACCUUCUCAAAACAAUUGUAAAACAAUGUAUCAGGUAUCAGACAAUAUAGAAACUUAGUCAUAUUCAUUUAAUUAUACAGGAAUUUUGAAAAAUCGGUGGAACUCCCCUUUGAGAAUUGUUGCAUGCUGCCUGUUGGUAAUAAUAUUAUUCAUCUAUUCAAGUGCAGACUAUAUUUUUAGGGGUCCAAGCACCUUUAGGUGGCUUUUGCUAUGAUUUUUCUUCUUCUUCUUCUUCUUAGUAUUCUUUUUCUUCCCUAACGCAGUUUGCGGAGAAGACACCGUAAGUCAUCCAAAGACCAAACUUAGAGGGUGGGCGUAGAUUCCCCCUCAACUACUCAGGCAACUGAAAUGACCCCAGUUGGCCUGAUGGUGGUGCUAUAGUGUAUUUUACGUUUUUGCCCAUAUCUCCUGAACCAUGGGGGCUACACUUAUAAUUCCUGCUUCUACAUAAUCCUUGCUUUAUUCUACACCAACGCUCCACUGCAUGUUUUUAGCUCCGUCCCCACAUUUAUCAUCAUAAUUGGCAAAAUAUGUGACAUCUACAUUUUUAUACUAGUCUGAGGUUUUUUUAAAUUUGAAUAUUUAUAAACAGUAUGGCUGCCACGUGCCAAUUAAGCCCCUCUGGGUUCACAUAAAUGGCUACAGAUCGAGAUUGCUGUGGCCAAUUCUCAUCAAACUUACCUGUCCUGUACCCCACAUGAUUCUGCGGUCAGGAAAUCAUAUAACUUGGAAAUCAUAUAAUUUGAUUUCAAGAAAUUUUAAUUAGCACCAGAGGUGUUUUAUAUUUCUCUGGCCACCAGAGGGAGCCAAAUCAGCAACUGCAAAUGUCAAUGCUGAACUAAUUAAUAAAAAAUAUACAGAAAGUGGAAAGCUUUACUGUAUGUGUUUAGGUCAAGACCAUUUCGGUAUUUUAUGCCUUCCACCGUGCCUGACAAUUUUGCAAAUACAAGUCUUUUAAAAAAACUCUAUUGUUUUUCUAGCAUUGUCUUAAACUUUAAACAAGGGUUUCAGAACAACCACUGAAGUCUCAAGAUCAAUAAUUGUUUAAAAAAUCUUGCCUUUUAAGCACAAUGUUAUUGCAAGUUAUAGAAUAAUCAGUUCGGUACAGUCUAUUCUGAAACAAGUGACCACAAAUCUGUCACUUAUGCUCUGAUUGUGACCAAAAUCGAUUUGUAUAUUGAUAAUAAUCUGUUGAGGAAAUGUAUGACAUUUGUUUUGAUUCUGCUUAUGUUAGCUCUUACAAUGUUCAAUUUACUGCCAAAAAUCUAAAAUGUAAUUACUCCUGUCUAAGAAUAAAAACAAUAAAAACAUGACAAUUGUUUCAAA